AUGGGAAUGGUGGGCUCCAGGUCGUUGACGGAGACGGCGUCGGAUGCUGAGAGUCAGGAGGUGAAGGCUCUCAUCUCCAAGCAGGCGGAGCGUACGCAGUCACCUAAGGCGCAGAGGGUGCUGGACAACUGGGACGCGUCGGUGCACAAGUUCAUGCGCGUGAUGCCGCUCCGACAUCGAGCGAUUACUGCUGCAGAGCGCGGCGGCUGUCAAGGAGACCAAGAAGUUAGUUUCUUCGUCGGUUUAAACGUUUGGCCACUUAAGGUGCUCCGCCCAUAUGAUCAGGGUUUGACUACCAAACAGUUGGACGCUGGCGAGAUGAUGAGAAAUGGUGCUCAAGAAACGUCAGCCGAAGCCAUAAGGUUGCCAGCGUAUGCCAUUACACUGCGAAAGAAGAACAACGUGUUUGUGAAACUGGAGCAUUGUAUUCUUGAUGAGAGAACGAGCUGGAAUAACGACGUUCUCGGCUGCCUCCGCUUCGAGGUUUUCGUUUACUGGAAGGAGCGUCCAAGAGCUGUUCCCACGUUGCAUCGAGCGACAGCAGCUCGUAUAAGGACAGCUACCACCGCCGUGGAGCGUUACCAAGCGGACUCCGGAACAAUGUUGGACCCUAUUGCAUUUAAUCACGUGGACCUCAACGACACUGAUCACAUGCCUAGUGAGAACGCCUCCUCGUAA